AUGGGUACGUCGCCGCGUUGGAUUUUGUCGUGGCUACGACGCUGUCGACGCGACGAGUUGCCGGUGGAGCGUGUGCUGGACACGAUACGGUCUGUGGAUGGAGUGGUGCCGCUGGGCGGACGUGUGGGCGGCGUGGACGGCGGCGUCACGCCGCCGUCCACACCUCAACCCGCUUCGUUCCCGUUGUUUUCGACGUUAAAAGACGGCAACGUGGAAACUGUAUCGAGUGAUUUGGAGUCAGACGAGGCUACGAAAUGGAAAUUUUUGCUGACGAGUGUGCAACUUCCGUCUUCAGGUGGUCCACACGAGCUCCGGCGAGCGCUCGAGACGCUCCAGAAGCUGGACGGACAGGAGGACCAAUCACAGGAUGGCACGCUGGAUACUGACCAUUUGAGGCAAAUGUACUUUGAAGCAAGACGCGACUUUUUCGCAGUCCGGAUUGAGCUACUGCGGGCUGCAAGGAACGUGCAGCACCCGAACGUCCAAGCAGCUGGAGAGGUUGUAAACAAGCUAUUGAAGGACGGGCUGGGCGACGUGUUGCUGGACGAGGUGCACAGCCGUCAGUUCUGUCAGGCGCCAAGUUUCCAAAGCGUUGGCAAGGAAGAGCGCAAGGCAAUUGUGGCGUGGGAGGUGCAAUUUCUGGAAGAAGAAGCGCUGUUGAGGGAGUUGUUGCUGCUAACGCUGGAGUAUUCUGGCGAAAACGCGACGUUGGAACGUGCUGUAACCAUUGCUAAGGCUGUGUAUAAUUGGGACGUUCAGGUGUUAAAUGAGCUCAUUAUGGACAGUACGCUGGCGCUGCCGAGGGCGCAGCGGGCGGCAAGGAAAUUGACGCAUGUGGGAGUUUUGGUGGCAUUGAGGAUGCUGCAUACGGCGGUAGAUGCGCUAGACCACAAGGCUUUGCUCCACGCGUCAGAGACGUUCUUUUUGACAAAAGUGUGUGAACUUUCGGGCGUGGAGCGGCCAGCGUCGCCUGUGCCCGGGGUGCUGCUGCUGGCUUGGGCGACUCUAUUGGGUCGACAAUAUCAUAAGCUAGCAGAACUGAAUCGAGAAAGCGUGGAAGUAAAAGAGCUAAAGGAUGCAUUGCAGCAGUCGCUAGCGGCGGCAGAACGCUUGCAUAGCUUUCACUACUUAAACUCGCUACUGCGCUCGUUGAUUUUUGGUGGUCACUCUGCAAAGGCUGAUCACGCCGGAUGGAAGCCAUUCUUGCAGCCGUUGAGCCUCAACACCAAGACUCUGUGGAGCUUACCCACUGUGGCUGUUUCCGCGGGGCUAAAUGGUGUAAAUGCGACUCAUCUAGAUCCGUUCGUCUGUUGUGACAGUGCUCCCGUCUAUCAAUACAUGGUGGCAGUAUUUUUGGAUGACAUGCUGUCAUCGCUAGGUUACAUAGAAAACCUGGAGAAUGCUCAGGAGCUACAUGCAAUGGUGAAGUUUGUGCUACCUACGCUUUCGAAUGCUCGUGUGUCGCAGCAGAUUUUUGAGAUUGAAUCGAAAGACAGUUGUGUGGUAGACAGCGUAGCUUCGCUUCGUGAGCUACUGAUGAAAACCCAAGCAUGUUUACCGGGAAGCCUAGUCUCAUGCAUGCAAAUGUUUACGGCGCUCUGCUGCAAUUAUCAAGGAGCUUCGUCAUCAACCGUGCUUCGGCACGUGCUGAGGUAUUUCAGCACGCCGCACGCAAGGAGGGAUGACAGAAUGGUGACACGUGACGUUUGUCGUCCACUACCACCGACAGAAUAUUAUACUGAACUUAAAGGCGAGCACAACAAGUUGCUGUGCACACGUUCGUUUGCGUAUGACAGUGCAGAUGAACGAUUGGUGGUACCCGUAAAUACAGUCGGUAUGAUCGUGCGCGCAGGCGACGACGUGAAGGUCACUUGGCUAUUUUCAGACAACAGUGAAGACACGUACGUGCCAACCAUGUGGGAUUUGCUUUUCCUGAGCGCGGACAGACUUGUGGCUGGUCAAAAGUCCAGGUCAUUUUCGGAUCUGUAUCAUGUGCACGUAGAGGACAUCGAUGUUCUUACAUCGUUUUUCGAAUUUCUCGUACAGCUUGGUAAGCAAGAGGACGGUAGCGAGGAUGCGGUGGAAGAGAUGACACGGUGUUGGGGUAAGGCGAGAUUGCGUCAUUGGUGGAUUGGUCAUCAGCUUCCAUCACCACAAGUUUACGUAUCCCAACUGGUGGCGCAACAGAUAUCUCUUUCUACUCUGCUCUCGGCAUCGAGCGAAAAUCUGGUUUCGUGGGGUAUCAGAGAUCGCUACGUACGGGAGCAAAUACUGGUAAAGCUUGGCAAUGUGGGGGGCUUUGGUAUCAUGAAGACGCCGAUGGGACUAAUUGACGAGAGUACUACGCAUUCAAUGGCUUCAUUUAGUGUGGAUGGUGGUAUCCACUUGUUGCGCCUACUACUGGCAUUACUAGAUGAAUUUUUACAUACCACUUGGGGGGACGAUGGCAUGGAAGGCGAUAGCGCUUGUUUUUCGGCACAUCUGCACCUGGUUGCGGCGUCCUUCUUUGCGCUUCGAGCGGUUUUAGCGACCGCGUCUGGCGUGGAAUUAUUCAUGAGCUCCUCUCUUGGCAGUGGACCCGAUGAAUGUCAUAAUUUAAUCGUCAAAAGUGCUAAGAAAUUCUUUGAAAUGCAGGAACGGUCAGUAGGGGAAUAUCCGGUCGUAUUGGCAACACAAGAUAUAUUUAUGAGCGUGGUUCGGUGGUUUCUUUUGAAAGAGGCACAGUCGCUCGCGAUCAUUGCCACGAAUGCAAAGAUUUCCUCAGUGAGGCUUCGUGCAUUUAUUGGUAGUGAGAGACUCUGGUUCGUCAGUGCAGCGGAGUUUGCGAAUGAAAUAUUGUCCACCUACGAAAGCUGGAAGUUUGCGGCAACGAGUGACCGGUGCGAGAUCACGGAACGCUGCUUUCGUUUGCUCUACGUGCUAACGCUGCUCCGAAAAUAUAUUAAUGAGCGCAAUGACAUGUUACCGGCUUUCGAGACUGCGCUGCGUGAAACGCUGUCUACAGAUACGUCGUUUCUCAUGAAGCUCCUACGGUCAUCAUGUGCCGUCUUGUCAACUACAGAAGGCCAGCUUGAACACUGGAAUGCUGUGGAUGUUACUGGUGAUGACGAGCAUUGUAGCACACUAGACUCUGACAUCAAAAUAAGCGAUGACCACAUUCCUUUACGAUACAAGAGCGAAUUUGGCAGUGAUGAGGUCAAUAUGGUGCAGCUUGAGUCGCUUGUGACGACAUGUUUACGGUUCGUGACGCUGCUGAUCACAAAUUCAAGUAAUGUGGUAGAUAUCAAAGCUGCGCGAACGAUCUUGCUGAUGCCUAUGGGUGGUGGAGGCAGCAGGGAACGCAUGGAGCUGACGACUAUCACGCUUUGCGGAGAAUAUCUCGGGUAUUCACUUGAAAAGGCCCCUGGAAUCGCAUACUGGUCCUUACGGAUUCUACAGCAUGCCGCUGUUGCCGUUGACUACCGUCAGGAGCGAGACAUCCGCGCCUCGUCUUCAAUGCGAUCGCUGGUUGCACUUUUCCAUGGGUAUCAAAGCCUUGGUGCUGUUCGCAGAGUCUUUGCGCAGCUGCUGCAAAUGUCGUCGACGCAACGAUUGGCAAUGCAUAGAGAAGUUAUUCGAAUGCUGGCAUUGUGCUUGAAGCACCAACCAGGCUUCUUGGCUCUGCUAUUUUUCGGUGAUACUGUCACGAGCGAUCCAAAGUCAGACACGGUGGUGAAUGAAAAGGGUGGGGUAGAUGAUGUUUCUUGUAUGGCAUUGCUCAUGCGCUUUUUCGAAGUCACAGAAAGGCUUUUGGAACAAGCGUCAGAUUUUUUCUGUGAACUACUUGCGUUCGUUGUGCAGGUAUGGGACGGUGCCAUUUAUGAUCGCCAUAGUAUUCAUCUGAAGAUUAUGGCAACUCUGCGUGCAUGCCCCUCAUUUUGGUCGAAUGUUACACACGCGAUCAAGAUCCAUAUGCCGUUAGACUCUGCAGAGGAGCGUGGAGUUCUGGAUAUGGAGCUAGCCGCUGUAACUUCUCCAGGUAGAGGGGACACGCAGAGUUUGUCGUCAUCGUCAGAAGUGUAUUUUGGGCGGUCCAGUGCGUACGGGUAUAUGGCGCGCGGCCUCAUCCUCCAGUUGGUGUCGUACGAAUGGCACAAUCAAGCUUCUAAGCAAAACGAUCAUCCGCUAGUGGAUGUGCUGGAGUUGUUUCGAAAAGAGGGGCUGUAUUCACAUUGGUUACGCACCUUCACUCGUCUUGAUUAUUCACCAGUACAACUAAGACUGUAUGCAUCGUCUAUCCAGCGUGCUUGCAAUUUACGCACACCGAUCACGAGCAUUCUUGAUAAGACUCCCGUUGGUGGCGUGUCAACGUAUCUGGAAGGCCUUAUUUGCAAUGCUAGGCAACUUGAAUGGCAAAUUAGCGCAGGCGAUUACGUCAAGAGGAAAGCCUAUUCAGCGGAUGCUUGCAUGCUGAAGCUAGUUCAGUGGAGCAAUUUGCAAGCUGCCUAUCUCCAUGCUCAACUCUUUUCCUUGUCGAAGUGGAAAGUGUUCAUGGAGCUUUGCUGCUUUCAGGUAGACAAAGAAGGUCAUGGUACGUCUGGUGUAGAAAUGCUGUGCAUGACGGAGCCAAGGUGCCUGAAACGAAAAGAAUCGAUGAUUUCGUCGCCUCCGCGGGACAUCGGGACGAGAAGCAUACGACAAAAGAGCGCCACAUCGAUGGCGUUUUUAAGUACAUCCAGCUCAGAUAAUGCGUUGUCGUCGUCACGCUUUUCUGGGGAUCGAACGUCCUUCGAAAUGAUUCGUGUUCUAGCGGACGUCAUCGAGGCUAAAGUGGACCAGCACGAAAAUCAGAACGAAGUACUGGACCUCUUUGUGCUUUUACAUCUACACGAUCUAGCGCAGCUUUUGGUAUCGAUGUUACAUCAUCAGUUGUGUCAAGUUGUACACAAAACUCAUGAUCCCAAGUUCUCUCAGACUCGGCAACGUCUUGAAGGGUCUGACGCAGACUUCAAUUUUAAGCUUGAUGCAAGGGCAACCUCUCAAUUGUUAAAUAUCGUCCACAAAGCUGCAAGUGCAGUGCACGACUCGAUCAAGCGAUUUGCUGUCGAGGUGGAUCUGGUGAAGCAUGACGCUGAUAAUCAGUCAAUGUCUGAUUAUGUUGUACGUCCUACUUCCGUACCACUGAUUUCGCGGCUUGUGACGGACUUCGAAGAAAGAGUGAAGUUUGUGACAGACGGUUUGCUGACACUACUUUUUACAGCUGCGUUACUGCUAGUGCGUCACUUGGCUCAGAUUGGUAGCCACCCGAGUCAUAUGGCGAAGAUGGAGACCGAAGCAACAAGUGUUUUACUUCCUAAGCCUGUUUUGCAGGUGAAGUUGAUAAAUCACUGCAUGAACGUAUUUGCACUUUGCAAUGAUCGGGAACCUCAAACGAAGUCCUCCAAGACUCUGUUUCAGCUGAGUUGGUGUCUAUUCCAGGAAGUUUUGGACAGCUAUGGAAAUACGAACGCUGGUGUGGUCGGAAAUUCAGUGUCACGCCUGACAAACAUGGUGCUGGAUGACCCAUUUGUUGCGAAGCUGGAGUAUGACCAGCAAGGAAUUGGGGCCUUAUUUCACCUUUUGGUGCAGCGCUUUCGUCCUUCUUCACAAAGCAAGGAAGUGACCGCGUCGCAAGAGGAGGCGUGUCAGGUAUUGCGAGGCCUUGCUGCAGUUGUGUGGAAGCCAGCCAACGUCGAGCGGAGUCGACGUGUCUGGCUGUCCGACAACAGCAGUGCUUCUGCAUUAUCUCGACUGCGUUUGGUGUCGAUGUUUGCGACACAGUUGCUGCCCCUACUGCGAAGCCAGAUGGAGCGGGAAGAAUCCACUAGUAAGUUUCGUGGCUAUGCGUUGUCCGCGAGUGACGAACCUACAGGCGAGGGGAAAUUAGAACGUUCCACUGCACAUCAAAUGUGGUGCCUCGUGCUUAACUUUGUGAGCGGCUUGCUGCGCCUGCAAGCAGAGGCCACCGUUGUUGAGUCUCGCAAAAUGGACGUUUGGGAGUUCAUGUCGUGCGCUGAACCACUUUUGCUAGCCGCAGUGGAGCCUUCUACUUGUCGGCGUUUUACGUGCGCUACUAUUGCUGAACAUCAAGCACUGCUGCGGCUAUUGAAUGGCCUUAGCAGAAGUGCGUCAACACGGAAGCGCUGGCGCCAAGCUUUUCCGACGAGCGCUGUAGUACUUAUGGAGCAGAGUCGACAGUUGCUUCGUCGUGCAUGCACGCUGCUGGGCAGUUCAUCCACGGAGAAAAAUCGCUCUCCUGUUGAGAAAGAGGUGUGGCAUGCUCGAAGCAAGUCGGUGAACAAAGGAACUAUCAAUGGUGGCGGAAGCCUCGUUUCCAGGUCACCGCGAUCUCCACGGUCUCCUUCAUCUUUCGCGUAUUCGUGUCAGACGCUCUUGCAUGAUCACUUGCGUGCCGUGCGGGAUGUCGAGAAACGAAAGCUUAGCGCUUUUCACCAAGAGAUGGAGACCGAGCUGGUGGAGGUCGUGCGAUUGGCAAGUUUGCUGCUAAGCAAAUGGACCGCUUCGCCGACUGACCGUGACGCUAUUGUUGUUGUUGAUGGGGUACGAUGCGUGGAUGAAGAGCAACUCGUGCCCUUACUUGCAUUCAUUCCACCCAGCGAAGCGCGUUCCAUGAACAGUAGGCCGGGCUUAGGCCAUUUGAGUCUUGCCAUGGACUUCAUUCUUGAUCAGCUGUUGGCAAAGAGGAUACGCGAUCGGGAUCGCAAAAUAUGGAAAUGA